GGUUCAUAACGUGCAUCUUCUCCUAUAUAUUCCGAUUAUGUCCAUGCAAUAUUAAUUGCUUUAAGCAAAACACUUGCAAGUUAAUUCCCACCUCUUAUAAUUCUCUUUCUCAUAGGAACAGAGAAAUUAGAGGCUGAAAAAUGGUUCUCAAAUGGCUUCUUCAUUCAACUUGCCAUGUUUUGGGGUACCCCAUGAACAACACACAAGUGGAUAAGUGCAAGAAGAUUGAAGGCUACCCUAUUAAUGGAGAUGUCAAAAGCGUGAAAGGGUUGUGCCCUUCAAGUAAUUUGAAUGAGGUUGAUGACCCUUGUUCAGGGCUUCAAUUUCAAAUGCCACUUCACUAUCCACGUUAUACCAAACAAGACUAUGAGAGCAUGGAGGAGUGGAAGGUGGACUUGCUUCUUAAGCAAUAUGGAUUAAGUUUGGAGGGUACCCUUGAUGAGAAGAGAGCUUUUGCAACGGGAGCAUUCUUGUGGCCAGAUCAAUGAAGGUGUUUUUGUUAAUUAAGUCUUGAUUUAAUCUUUAUGCUAAAACGUGCUAUAUUGUUUCAAGUUAUGUGUACUUGACCGUGGUAUAUAUAUAUAUAUGGAACGCAUGCAUGAUCAAUAUAUGUUAAAUUGAUAAUGCCAUAAUGAAUGUGUCCACGUUUGUAUUUUGUUCUUGAUUCUGUUCAUGUAUGAUAGAUAUUGAUUAUUUGUUCUCUUUUUUGUUGUUGGUGUUUAAUGGUGAAACUUGUCGGCAAUGUAUGGUAUGGCUUGCUCGCAUCUCUCGUUGCCCAUUAUUGGCUUUUGGCUAGUUUACAUGAUGGUGUGAACU